AUGAAAUCUAAGGAAAAUCAUUUUGCUUUGCAAUGUUCCUUUAGUUUUUUUUCUGAUCCUAUUUUUAUAGAUAUUCAAGAAAGACCAAUAAAUGGAAGGGAAUUUGUAAAAAUUCCUCAAUGCAUGAAGGCGAAUGAAAUUAGUUCAAAAGAAUCAUCGGACUAUUGUUUGUGCAUAUAUCUGCAGAAAAAUUGUUCUAAACAUGGAAUUAACUUGAUUAAGUACUUUUGUCUUGAAGAGAUUUUUGUUCUUUACUUAUUGAAAUAA